GCAGCUGCCAUUCACUAUAAGAGGCCCAGGAUGGAAGUGGGGCGGGUCAGUGAGCGUCAGAAAGGGUCGUCUGCCGCUGUUGUGUUCGUGUACCAGUCUGUCUGUGCCCUGGUGUUUGUCAAGGGAGCUUCAGGAGUCUUCUUACUGUGCAGGAUGGCAAUGAGUGGGUGGCGGUGGGCGGCCGUGGCUCUACUGUGGGCAGGCCUGGCGAGCGGCGUUCCUCUAGGGCAGCGGGUAGACUACGAGACACUGAAACUGGAGGAGGCGGCGACGAUGGACAGAGCGAAGAGGGAGAUUGAUCCGCAGACAAGACCCAAGCCAAGAUCUGGGUCUUUUCUCCAUGCUAUGGACUUUAUGAAGAAGUUUGGAUACGUGGAGAACAAAGGGGACAACAAUACAGAUUUUGUCUACACGCAGCAGACUCUACGAGAUGCGCUACUCAGGGUGCAGGAGUUUGGGGGCAUUGAACAGACGGGCGAGCUGGACGAGGCCACAGUGAAGCUGAUGGAGACGCCUCGCUGUGGGCUGCCUGACUUGAGACCAGAGGACAUAGCACAGCAGAACAACCACACCAGAAGGAAGCGAUACAUCAUUGGAGCAGAGGGAUGGAAGAAGAGGAAGAUCACAUACCACGUGGGCAACUGGAGUCCUCAGCUACGCAGUAAGGAGGUCGUACAGAAGGAACUGAGGAGAGCUUUCGAUGCCUGGUCCACCUACUCCCACCUUCAGUUUACGGAGGAAGACAGCACAGACGCCGACAUCAUAAUCUUCUUCGCCAGCCACGCACACGGAGACGGGUAUCCCUUUGACUACAACGGCGGCAUUCUGGCCCACGCCUUCUACCCCUAUGAGUUUGGCAGCUACGGAGGGGAUGUACACUUUGACGAGAGUGAGAAGUGGAUCAUUGCUAACUCCAAGGAUGACGAAGGUCUUGAUUUCUUCACGGUGGCGGUGCACGAGCUGGGCCACUCCCUAGGCCUGUCUCACUCCCCAGUGGAUGGCUCCAUCAUGUACCCUUACUACAUGGGAUUCAACAAGAACUUCGCUCUGGACUACGACGAUGUGAUGGCCAUGUGGGAGCUGUACAUCAAGAGGAAACUGGAUGGAGAUGACGAGUACUUCAACUCCACCACCACUACCACCACCACCACCACCAUCAGGCCAGACACCACCGACCACCAAUCAGAUGCUGCCAGUGACGACGAGGAUGAUAGUGAUGACACUGACAGUAGCCAUGAUGAAAAUAGUGAAGGCACAUCUAAAACUAAGCAAAGGGAUAAUGGAAAUGAAGAUAGCGAAGUUAGCAGCACAGAUGAUAGUGAUAGUGAUAAUGAUAAUGAUGAUGAUGAUGAUUUGUUUCACUAUCACGGAGACUACGAGACAGUGGAGGAUCAUCAAAGGAGAGUGAACAAGGAGAAGAACAGCAAAAACAAGCUACCCUCACUUCCCUCUCUUCCCUCAGAUGACAGUGAAAACGAGGUGUGGGGAGGAGACGAUAACAAAGAGGAGGAAGACUUUUACGAGAAGGACAAGAGGAAGAGGGAGGAGAUAGAGAGGGAGAGAGCGGAGGAGCGAAGAAGGAAAGAGGAAGAGGAGAGAAGACGUCGUGAAGAGGAAGAGGAGAUUAGAAGAAGGGAGGAUGAGAUUAGGAGAAGAGAAGAGGAGGAGAGGAGGAGAUGGGAGGCGGAGGAGGAGGAGUGGCAAAGGACUGGAGGGAAUGGAGAUAAUGGCCAACCCGUCCCCUCUCCGCCGCCCCCUCACCCCACCACGCCAGCCCCCUCUAUUCCUGACCUGUGUGAGGGGAACUAUGACGCAAUGGCUGUACUUCGUCAGGAAAUGUUCAUCUUUAAGGCCAGGUGGGUGCCUCUAUGGAGAUACACGCAGCGGGGGAGGAUCGUGCACGGCUACCCGACCACCAUCCACACACUGUUCCCCGCCCUGCCCAGCUACAUCGAGAAGGUGAACGCCGUCUAUGAGAGGCCUGUGGACGGCAACAUUAUCUUCUUCAUAGGCAAAUACUACUACGUGCACAACGGGAACCAGUUGGUAGAGGGGUCGCCGCGCCCCCUCACCGACCUGGGCAUGCCCCCUCUUGUCACUGAGGUCAACGCUGCCUUCUACUGGCCACGCGCCCUCAAGUCUUACUUCUUCACUCGCCACGGUUACUUUAGGUACAACGAGAACACAGGAAAGAUGGACGUAGGUUAUCCAAAGCAGAUGAACAAGUGGAACGGUCUCCCUGAUGGUGUGGAUGCCGUCUUUACCUGGCACGAUCGCCAGUCUUACUUCCUGAAGGGCACGCAGUACUGGCUAUACGACAACGAGAAGAUCAAACCAGCGGAGGGCUACCCACAGGACGCUCUUUCCUUCUGGGCUGGUUGUCCCUCCAGACACUAGACGCCAAGACUAUUGUUAUUUUAUUAUCAUUAUCAUUAUUAUUAUUAUUAUUAUUAUUAUUGUUAUUAUCAUUUAUGGUUUUGUUUUAUGGGCAUUAUUUCUUCCUAUUAUCACAAUUUUCUUAUUAUUUUCAUUAUUAUCAUGGUCAUCAUUAUUAUUAUGGAUAGUUUCACAUUAGUUUUAUAUGCACGUGUAUACUGGUGACUGACUUGUUUUGUACGUAUACAGAAAUAAAAUACUACGUUUUCUUUCUAA